AUGGGAAUUUCAAAACCAUUCCCUGCGAUUUCUUACAUUUUGUUUUUAGCUCUAUAUUUUUCUUUCCACGCUAUAACACCAACUUCUUCAACCUCUCUACAAGUUGACUUCAUCAACUGUCUCCACGAAAACACAAAUGUCGAUUUCCCAGUCGACAAGACGUUCUUCACUCCGGAAAGAAACGCCUCGCUCUUCAACGAAGUCCUUGAAUCGACUGCUCAAAAUCUCCGGUUCUUGACAAAAUCCAUGCCUAAACCGGGAUUCAUAUUCAAACCGCUCCACGAGUCUCACGUCCAAGCCUCCAUCAUAUGUUCCAAGAAACUCCAGAUCCAUCUCCGAGUCCGAAGCGGCGGCCACGACUACGAGGGCCUCUCUUACGUCUCGCAGAUCGAAAAACCUUUUGUAGUGAUGGACCUCUCAAAGCUGAGACAGAUCAACGUUGACAUUGAAGACAACAGUGCUUGGUCUCAAGCUGGUGCUACACUUGGUGAACUUUACUACAGGAUUGCGGAGAAGAGCAAAGUCCAUGGUUUUCCGGCUGGUUUGUGUUCAACCGUAGGCGUAGGAGGGACGUUAACAGGUGGUGCUUACGGUACCUUGAUGAGGAAGUAUGGUCUCGGCGCAGAUAACGUCCUUGACGCAAAGAUCGUUGAUGCCAACGGUAAAUUACUCGACAGAAUCGCGAUGGGGGAGGACAUGUUUUGGGCGAUCCGAGGAGGCGGUGGAGGGAGUUUUGGGGUAGUUCUUGCAUGGAAGGUCAAGCUCGUUCCCGUUCCUGCGACCGUAACCGUUUUCACCGUUACCAAAACGUUAGCGCAAGACGUAGGCAACAAGAUUCUUUCAAAGUGGCAAGUGGUUGCGGACAAGCUUGUUGAAGAUUUGUUCAUCAGAGUGGUCUUCAACGUAGCUGGAACCAACAGAAACAAGACCGUGACGACGUCGUAUAAUUCUCUGUUUCUUGGAGACAAAGGCACGUUGAUGAAUGUUAUGAAGGAGAGUUUUCCGGAGCUAGGGCUAACAAGGAAAGAUUGUGUUGAAAUGAGCUGGAUUGAGUCAGUUAUGUCCAUUUCUGGAUUCCCUAGAGGCACUCCUAAGAAUGUUCUGCUUCAAGUGAAGUCCUCUUUCCCAAAGAUCAGCUUCAAAACCAAAUCCGAUUUCGUGAAGAAUCCGAUUCCAGAGUCAGGCAUUCAAGGGAUAUUCAAGAGGUUUCUUAGAGAAGACAUGCCAAUGAUGAUAUGGACUCCUUACGGAGGAAUGAUGGAGAGAAUCCCCGAGUCUCAAAUCCCUUUCCCUCAUAGAAAAGGAGUCAUCUUCAAGGUCCAGUACGGAAUAGCGUGGCAAGAAAGCGACAAGAACCCGAGCAGGCACUUCAAAUGGAUCAGAGAGCUGUACAGUUACAUGACGCCGUAUGUCUCAAGCAACCCAAGAGAAUCAUACGUCAACUAUAGAGAUCUUGACCUCGGAAAGAACAAUAAAAACGCAGAGAAGAGCUUCAUGCGAGCUAAAGUCUGGGGAGCUAAGUACUUCAAAGGAAAUUUCUACAGACUGGUAAAGAUUAAAUCAAAGGUUGAUCCAGAGAACUUGUUCAGACACGAGCAGAGUAUCCCAACUUUCCCCGUUCGAAGCUAA